AUGGAACCCAAACUACAUCCCGCCCUCACUGUCUCCAACAUUAAAACUCACGUUCCAGUUAUCCUGGAAAAAGAUUCAACCCACUACACAACUUGGAAGACCCUUUUCAAAGUCCAUUGUCAGAUAUACGAGGUUCUUGAUCACCUCGCCGCUAAGCCGGAUGCCGCCUCUUCUUCUACUACCACCGACUCCGCAGACUCGGCUAAAGACAAGGGAGCCGCCGCCGCCGCUGAGACUCUUUGGAAGCAACUGGACGCCGUUGUGCUCCAGUGGAUCUAUGCCACAAUCUCCACGGCACUGCUGCACUCUAUCCUUAAACCAGGUCAAACGGCCCAUGAAGCCUGGCUUGCUGUUGAAAGCGAAUUCAAUGACAAUAAAAAUACGCGGGCUAUCUUCCUUGGUCAGGAGUUCGCCAACUUAUGUCUUGAGAAUUUUUCCUCCAUGGCGGAAUACUGUCAACACGUCAAACAUCUUGCUGAUCAACUUCAAAGUGUUGGCUCUCCGGUUGACGACCGGAUGUUAGUCAUCAAAAUCCUCACCGGCUUAACUGACCAGUAUGACAACAUCUCCACCGUCCUGCAAAACCGGGAUCCGCUACCCGACUUCAAUGAAGUUCGUUCUAGGCUCAACAUGGAAGAACAAAAGAAGAAACGUCAGGUUACUCGCGGUGCUCAGUCCGCCGCCACGGCUCUCGCUGCCACCACCUCAAACCCGCCGCCAUCCAACACCCCGUCUACCUUCUACCAUUCGGACCGUGGCCGUGGGGGUCGCUCACGAAGCAGUCGCGGACGUGGCCGUGGCCGCAAUUAUUCGGGCUGUGGUAACAACAACAACAGCCGCUACCAGCCAUCGCCCACUUAG